AUGACUAAACCGCGCAAAAAGACGGCACGGAUGACAUCGUAUGCGCCGCCACCAUACCCCGGUACCUCAAAACACAUUCCCAUCGAUGUCGACAGCGAAGAUCAGACUACGACAAACCUCAAAUGCACGGUCAUCACCCGCGGCAACAAGAUCAGGGCAUUGCAACGCGAGCUCAAGGAACUGAAAGCCCAAUUUACCCAAACGCAGGAUCUCCACAACAAAAGAGAGGAAGACGCAACGAGAGAGAGAGAGCAAUUGAAGGAAACAAACAAGACCCUCGCAAAGGAGCUCAAAGCAGCAAGAGCUAAGUUAUCCACGACCCGACAUCAGCUCAAGAGAAUCCUAGAGGAAAUGUAA